UUUUUGGGCAGCUGCUGUUCGAUUAAGUGGUCCGCGAGCGCGCGUUCACCCGUGGAGUCUCGUGCGCAACCACGCAGGAGCUAGCCGUUAGUCGGCUAACCGGCCGGUGGGAAAAGGCGGCGGUUGCUCUCUGUAUCUUACGGGUGCUUCCCCCCCCGCCCGCAGUUGAGGUUGGCGGCUGAGGGGGCCAUGAGAAGGCGACUUCGAAAGGGGGCGGUGAUGGCCGUUGUUGCCGCCGCCUGGCAUCUACCUCCGUCUCCCUUCCUCUUCUCCGCCCCAAACCACGGGGCUCUCUGCGCCUGCCAGCCCUGAGGAAGGCCUGAGACCCACCAUCACCGGUGGGAAGCGGACAGCGAGCGAGCGCGCGCCGCCUCCUCCUGGCUUCUACCUCUGCUGUCCUCAAUGUCUCCCCUGCCGCGGGGAGCCCACCCCAUCCGCACCCCUUCGGCCCACAGCAGCCCCGUGGGAGCCCGGCCUCCCCUUCGAGACUGGUGGCGGAGUCAGCCACGACUUUCCGGGGGGUGGCCCAGCAACGACGGAGCCGGCCAGGCCGCCUCCACCGCGGCAACAAUGAAGGCGGAGGCGGGGGACAGCAGCAUGAUCAACCUGUCGGUCCAGCAGGUGCUGAGUCUCUGGGCGCACGGUACCUCGCUCCGGCAUCUCACUGAAAUGUGGUACUGGGUUUUCCUAUGGGCUCUCUUCUCCUCUCUCUUUGUCCACGGUGCUGCAGGAGUUUUAAUGUUUGUGAUGCUACAAAGGCAUAGACAAGGGAGAGUAAUCUCUGUCAUUGUGGUCAGCAUUGGAUUUCUGGGUUCUGUAACUGGAGCUAUGAUAACCAGUGCAGCAGUGGCUGGAAUUUACAGAGUAGCUGGGAAAAGCAUGGCUCCUUUAGAAGCACUGGUGUUUGGAGUUGGCCAGACUGUACUGACACUAAUUAUAUCCUUUUCAAGGAUUCUUGCUACACUUUGAAACUUCUGUGAAAAUUUGGUUUUUUUUAUAAAAAGGAAACAGUCUGCAGUGACGCUUUCCAGAAGUCAUUUCAGUAGCUGAUGGAUUUGAAUUGCAAGGAGAAAUGUAUGGUAUGUGGACUUCAAAGCUAGAGGUCCUGUCCUUUUAGAAAGGAGUUCCCUCUAGAGUCCAAAAAUGACGCACUACUGCACUGCACCUAAUGUGCCUCUGUCACAGGCAAGGUGUGAUCAGUUUAGGAGAAGCUGCAAGAUAAAGCACCUUGUGGAACUGCUAAUCAGGCAAAUAGUGAUGUGAUCAUUGUUCAUAACAGUAUUGAAGAAAAUACAGGGGCAUAUCUGAAGAAUGGAUAAAUGUGCCAAAUGCAAAAUUGAUUUGUUUUUUAAAAAAAUAUAAAUAUAUAUAUAUUGAUAGUGUGACCAUUUAAAUGUGUAGUAUUUGAGUGCUGCAAACAUAGUUUUAAAAAUUCAGAUAUACCAAAAAGGCACUUGUUUAAUAUUAUAAUAACUGAAUCCAACCCAACACAGAAUAUUAACAAGCCUAUGGAAGAAAAGUUGCUUGAGUAUUAAAUUUACAUAUGAGCAUUGCUGGGAUUCAGUGACUGAAACAAAAGUCUAGUAAGGAUGUGAAUGUGGCUGACCCAGUAUAGGAACUCUUUUGAAGAAAUUUAAGAUAUAUCACAUUCACUACAACCAGCCUUUUAGUAACAUCAUUUCUGUGCUUUUGAUACUUUUAUCAAGUUAUAUACAUGUCUCAAAUUCAUGGUCACAGAUUGGAAUAAAAGCUGGAUCAGUUGACUAAAACUAGCUUACAAAAUGAAACCUAAAUUAUUCUGAAGACUUAAUUGCAUUGAUAAUGACUGUUGAAACAUCCAGUAAUGUUAUUUUAAGACCAGGAAGAGCCAUCAGUCUUGAAAAGCACACGUUUACAGUAUUGUCUGAUCUAAAGUAAGACAAAAAUAGUGUGGAAACAAAAAGGGAGGUAGUUUUUCUAUGUGAUUAUGCCCGAAUUCUGAACAAAACAUUUAUUCUGGUACAUUAUCUGUUUACAAAAAAAGGAGAGAACUUAAAAUAUUUCUAUUCUUCCAACCUUGAGCUAAUUUGGAGAUGAUUAUAUGUGUCUUUCAUAUGCUUAGCUUCUAGUAGACAUGUUCUGUGUGUGUUGUUUCAGCAAGAGCAGUGGUGGUGUGACUAAUGUCUUUACUGUAAAAUGUUAUGAAGUGACUACAAAAACGACAAGACACUAUCUAAAUCAACAAAUGUAAGUACUGGUAAGGAGUGAAUAAAUCAUAUCUUUGGGCUGAUUCACACACUGUCUACUCAGUGAGGAUGCACAUGAAAUCAGCACGCACACAUAGUCUGCAUUAGAAUGUGAAAAAAGGGAGCAGGCUCCCUACUUCUGAAUACCGGUACAGGUGGCAGUAGCUUGAGAACCCACAUGAGCAUUUACCAGAGAUUGCUAGAUACUGUCACUGCCCAACCACUGCACCCUUUUCAAUAGCACCUCAUUCACUCUGGCUGCAGCUGCUCUUCCCUGAGUUAGAGUAGCAAUAUCCAAGAAUCUCCUUAUUGGGAAUUUGGGAAAAACAAGGCAUAUGCAGAAGAGAGGAGGGCUCUAGCUGACACUGCCUUUACUACUACUUCUGCUCUAUUUCUGGUUGCUGUAAUAUUGGUGGUGGUAGGGCUUGAUUCCAUGUAUUCCUUCACUAAGAGCGUAAUGUCUGAAUUAGCCCUUAGUUUCUGUUUAAAAUUGGCGGCCUGUGCAUGUCUACCUUCCUUCUAGGUGUAUGACCACAGGUUGUCAUGACAGCAGAAGUUAAUGCCUACAGAAAUCAUAACUGCAGCAAUAACACUUUGACAGCACAGUGCUUUGUUCCAUAGCCUUUCUAAAUAUUGUGGUAAAAUCACUAUUUAUAGUUGUAUAUAUUAAUAAAUUACCACUAGAGGUUAUUUUGCCUACUUUGGUCUAGAGAUAACACUUUUAGAUGACGUUCAUUUUUAUUCUGUCUUCAUCUUUAAUAUUUGUAGUGAUAGACUGCUAUCCUGCAGGGACCUAUGUCUAUAACUGGAGCUUCUUCAUUGUUGUGUGACUGCAGAAUUUUGUUUACCAUACCCACAAAUGGAAGCUUCUUGUUUACCCAAAGCUCUAAAUCAAAGUCAUAGGGGAAUGAAAAUAGUAUUAAUACUAGGUAUUUAAAGAAACAUUGGCAUAUUUUGUUCUUUGUUUCAAGUAAUUUAAUUUAAAUACCAAGGUACAUUCUAACACUAGUAUAAAAUGAUACAUAAUGUAUAGUGCCUUGAGUAUACGUUAGAAUGCUUUUUUUGGCCCAUUGUCAAAUUUAUUGCUGUUCUGUUUUUGCCAUUAGGUUAACUGUUUGAUGAUAGCUUGUGGUAGGGGUGUUAACAUUAAAGUAGGAAAAAAGUUGGAAACAAUUGCUAGUGCUACCCCAGUUCAAGUCAGUGCAGAAAGGUUCUUGAUUUUUUUUUAAAUAGUCUUAGUUGGCAGAAGUAUUAAGCACUGUAUAUCUUUAAGACUUUAGAGUUAGAAAACUCUUAACUUGUUUCAUAUUUUAUUGAGGAUCAGAACAUGCUGUAUGUGAUACUGUUGUGAAUGUUGUAUGUAAUGUUGUCUCUCGUGUUGUAUGUAGUAAUUUAAUGAAGCUACGAAGCAAGCAUUUCUCCAGCCCUGGUACUGAAGGUAGUUAUGAAGACUGGAUAUGUAAAUUUCUAAGUCUAUUGACUUUAGGGCUAUAUGAAGAAAUGUAUUUCUGUACUUGAGGCUCAGAUGCUUCCUAUGUUUUCGGCUGCCUCAUUCUGACAAAACUCUUAUACUUGUCACAUGAAACAAAUCCCAUCAGUAUUAAGGCCAGGUUGGGAACAAUUUAUAGGCUAGAUAUGCACUUAAAAUAUUGCAACAUGUUUAUUUGGCAACAACAAUAUAAAGGGGUCUGCCCAGAAGAACUAAGCAGAACUGUUUUGCAACAGGAAGCAAUUGUAGAUCAUGCCUUGUAACAUUCAGAAAAUGAGUUGUGUUCUAGGGUAAAUCAAUGUAUACAAUGACUUUUUCUAUGAAAUAUGGUGAAGAAAAUCUUCUCUUUCAGGCAGUGUUCAGAAAUGGAUAUUAAAAGUACUGUAUAUGUUUUAAGAAACAGUGAAUACAUUUCUGGCAUUAUGGCUUUGAACAGAGUACAUGAAAUUUGUAUUUUGAAGUGACUGCAGAGUUAGUUGUUUGUUGCAUUUAAAAAAAAAUAAUAUAAUAAAACAGUAAUGAAGUAACCAAGGAAAAGUGUUCAUGAUAGCAAUAUUCUGUAUUCUGUUUUGAAAGUAAUGUGUAAGGAGUAAUGUUACUAGGGCAUAUUUUUUUUAUCUGCUAAAAAGCGUGAGUUUCUUUGUAAGUAGAUUCUUUCUUGCAAGCGUAUAGUGAAAUGUCUUUGUAUGAAUGGCAUUAAAAUUAUACCUUCAGCUGCUAUAGGAGAUCUACACCAAUACUCAAAACUUCAUCUGAGGAAAUGGCUGAACAUGCUACUUUUGAGAAGUGUUCUCAAAAGCGUCCAGUGUAAAGUUUAUGCAAUACCAGUAUUUGACCAUGAACUGAAUUAGUUUUUGAGGGGCAUUGAAAAUUUCAUAUUAUUUAAGAAAAAUUCUUCCAGAUAAUCUUCAGUUUCUUAACAACAGUUUAAGUUUCAUGAACUGUUCUCUAACAUACUUAGCAAUUAAAUUGUAAAUUUUACUUACACAGAGCCACAAGUAACAUUAUGUUGGUUUAAUUUAUGAACAUAUGGACCAAAGAGGUGGUUAAGUAUUAAUUGUAUUUAUCUGUAAUAUAGCAUUUUAAAUAUAUUUUUCUUGAUUAAAUCUGAGGAAAGUAGUAGCUAUUCCUCUUCAG